GGCUGUUCCCAAGAGCGAGGCUUGGUCUCUAAGAGCGUUUCACUCUCUGCUUGCAGGUAAAAUCCAACAGUGUGGUCGGCACAAGCUUGCAGCGGCACCAUACAAGUUAUCAUUGGCUGGCCCCGGCCCCCCAAAUUUGAUAUGUAAGUUGUGCAACCAGGUGAAACCAACAGCAAUGCCGUGUCGACUGGAACAUAGCGCACGCAACAGCACACGAGGGACACGGAGUAGCAAGCGCCUUGAAAUCGUCAAGCUCGUGAUGGGCGCUUAUGCUGGAUGAUAGGGUAGAAUGACUCCUGUUGCUUAAAUAGUCUCUGUGUGCUCUUGAUGCAUGGGGGUGUGGCUCAGCCCCGGUUUGCGUUUCAAGUGGGAGCUUCGGCGCAGAGUAGUCCACGAUUUAUGUUUCCUGCUGUGCUUUAAGAUCGUUAGGUAUCCUCUUGAGAGCAGCAAUUCCAUAUCAUGAUGAACGAGGCUACUGGUCUGAUCGAGGUAUAUAGAGGUCAGAAUCCUCUCGUCGACAUAGUAGCCGUUCACGGGCUCAACGGACACCCUUUCAAGACAUGGACUACGGACAAAACGAAGAAAUGCUGGCUUAAAGAUGCGGAUCUUCUUCCAUACAACCUUAAGGAAGCACGCAUCUUGACUUACGGAUACCAUGCGACUGUCGCUGCCUUGUUUGGCAAAACAUCCUCAGAUCGGAUAUUACAACAUGCGCAGACCCUCGUCGCAGAGUUGGUUGCGGAUCGGGAGUUCGAAAAUGCGUCGCAGCGACCGAUUAUAUUUAUAUGUCAUUCACUCGGUGGCAUAAUAGUAAAACGGGCUCUUGCAUACUCAUCAAGUAGAACGAGCAAGCUAGUUCAGCAUCUCCACUCGAUUUUCGUUUCCACCUACGGCAUACUUUUCCUAGGCACACCCCACAACGGGAGUAGCAAGGCGCGCCUAGCAUCAACCGGCAGUCGAAUGGUCAAUGCCUUGACGCCCUCCAAAGUGGUCGACACGGAUAGCCAGCUUGCCGAUGCGUUGCUGGAAGGAUCGGAGACAUUGCAGAAUAUCACAGACAUGUUCGCACCUUUGAUGAAGAAUUUCCGCAUCUACUUCUUCUGGGAGCAGGAGAAAACGGACCUUGGAACUACGCUGGCUUAUAUUGUAGAAGAGAAUUCGGCCGCUCCAAUCUUGGAUAACACGGAACGGGCAGGACUUCCGUAUGGGCACCGUGACAUGGUGAAAUUUGAGAGCCGGAGCUCGCCGGGUUACCGACUCGUUGUAGCGGCACUAAUGCGGUAUUCAAAGGAGGCUGCAGAGAUGAUCUCCAUGCGAUGGGUUCAAGCGACGGAAAUGCUGAGUUCGAAACGUCGGAAUGAAGCCGCGGAGUUGGUGCAGGAAUGA